AUGACAUCCACAAUGCCACCCACAAUGAAAGCCUGGUUUUACUCCGGUACAACAAAUGGACUUGAAAAAAAUCUCACCUUCGACGCCUCAGCGCGCACCCCAAAAGUAUCAGGCGAUGACAUCCUGAUCAAAGUCCUCUCCGCCUCCCUGAACCCAGCAGACUACAAAGUGCCCGAGAUGGGUCUAGUCGCCCAGAAGCUUGUUAUCGGCACCCCAGCCACCCCAGGCAUGGACUUUUGUGGCGAAGUCAUCACCGGCAAUGAAGCCUUCUCGCCGGGCCAACUGGUCUACGGCUGCCUGAGCAGACCCGCUCAAUUCGGUUCCUUGGGCGAAUACCUCGUGAUCUCCGCGAGUCUGCUCGCGCCCGUACCGGAAGGCGUGGAAGUCGACCAUGCCGCUGCCAUUGGCAUCGCUGGACAGAGCGCGUACCAGAGUCUGGCGGGCUACGUGAGUGCCGGAGAUCGGGUGUUUAUCAAUGGUGGGUCUGGAGGGUGCGGGAUUUUCGCGAUCCAGAUUGCUAAGGAGAUGGGCUGCCAUAUUACGACUACGUGUUCAACCAAGAAUGUGGAGUUCCUGCGUGGACUCGGGGCAGAUUUGGUUAUCGAUUACUCGACUGAGGAUGUGAUCGCGGUGUUGAAAGAUGGCGAGGUCUUUGAUCACGUCGUUGAUCAUAUCGGGGCACCCGAGCCGCUGUAUCGCGAGUCCAACACUUUCUUGAAGCCCGGCAAGGCUUUUGUCCAGGUCGGAGCUUCCGCCAUGGCUACCUUUGCGGGCAGAUUGGUUGUGCCAGGCUUCCUCGGUGGUGGGAGGAGGAAAUACGUGAUUUUCUUCUUCAAAAACACAAGGGAGGAUCUGGUCAAGGUUGGAGAAAUGGUUAAAACCGGCGCUAUCAAGGUCCAGCUAGAUUCCACUUUCGAGUUUGAGGAUACUGUGAAGGCGUUUGAGAAGCUUCGUUCUGGGAGGGCCAGAGGCAAGAUUGUCGUUCAUGUUGCCCAAUCUUAG